UACCCGGAACUGUUUCCAAGGUUUCUUCAGGUUUGGGAGGUUGCUCGGCGGCGAGUUGUGGGAGCCAAGGCAACCGGGAAUCUUCCCGGGGUCACAAGAGCGCCCCCUUGGCCCUCAGCUUCGGGGGCACAGCUGCGGUAAUGGCUCCAGUGUCCAGUUCGCGCAGCCCUGAGCGGGAGGCCUCUGGCUCCGGAGGAAGACGCCGCAGUUCGUCGAAGAGCCCCAAACCCAGCAAAUCUUCCCGCUCCCCGCGGUGUCGCCGGUCUCGCUCGCGUUCUUGUUCUCGGUCUGGUGACAAGAAUGGCCUAAGUCAUCAGCUGGGUGGUCUCAGCCAAGGUUCCCGAAACCAGUCGUACCGCUCGCGCUCGCGUUCGCGCUCUCGAGAGCGGCCCUCUGCGCCACGGAACACCCCUUUUGCUUCUGCCUCCUCGUCCACGUAUUAUGGAAGCUACUCACGCCCCUACGGGAGCGACAAGCCGUGGCCUAGCCUUCUGGACAAGGAGAGGGAAGAGAGCCUGCGGCAGAAGAGAUUAAGUGAGAGAGAGAGGAUUGGAGAAUUAGGAGCUCCUGAAGUAUGGGGACUUUCUCCAAAGAAUCCUGAACCUGACUCUGAUGAACAUACACCAGUAGAGGAUGAAGAGCCAAAGAAAAGCACUACUUCAGCAUCUAGUUCAGAAGAUGAAAAGAAGAAAAAAAAGAAGUCUAGUCAUUCAAAAGAAAAGUCUAAGAAAAAGAGAAAGAAAAAAUCAUCUAAAAGGAAACACAAGAAAUAUUCUGAAGAUAGUGACAGUGAGUCUGAUUCUGAAACAGACUCCAGUGAUGAAGUUACAAAGAGGAGAGCAAAGAAAACUAAGAAAAAGGAAAAGAAGAAGAAACACAGAUCGAAGAAAUAUAAGAAAAAGAAGUCUAAGAAGAACAGAAAAGAAUCUAGUGAUUCAAGUUCUAAGGAUUCUCAAGAAGAAUUUCUAGAGAAUCCCUGGAAGGAUCGAUCAAAGGCUGAAGAACCCUCUGAUUUAAUUGGCCCAGAGGCUCCCAAAACACUUGCUUCUCAAGAUGACAAACCUUUGAACUAUGGCCAUGCUCUCUUACCUGGUGAAGGUGCAGCUAUGGCCGAAUAUGUAAAAGCUGGAAAACGUAUCCCACGAAGAGGUGAAAUUGGCUUGACAAGUGAAGAAAUUGCAUCAUUUGAAUGCUCAGGUUAUGUAAUGAGUGGUAGCAGGCAUCGCCGAAUGGAGGCUGUGCGACUGCGGAAAGAGAACCAGAUCUAUAGUGCUGAUGAGAAGAGAGCCCUUGCAUCCUUUAACCAAGAAGAAAGACGAAAGAGAGAGAACAAGAUUCUGGCCAGUUUUCGAGAGAUGGUAUACAGAAAGACCAAAGGAAAGGAUGACAAAUGAGGAUUUUCCGAUUGCUCAGCAGAUAUUUUUAAUAACAAAAAAGAAAGCCUGGGUUCCAUACAUAUACACAAAAAGAUUAUUAUGCUCUGAAAAAGCUUUACAGUGCUACUGUGCCUUCUAUUUAACUCUUUCUUUAUUUUGGAUUGACUUACAACUUUCUGGUUUAAAAAUCCAAAAUAUGAGUGAAAUCCUACUGUAUUAGGGGAGGUGGCAUAGAGAGAAAGAAUCAGUGAGAUGAGAAACCUUAAUCACAUGCCAUGGUUCGGUGCUACUAUUGGCUCUACAUGAUGCUCUCCCCCAUCCCACUGAACUUGUGGGAAAUGAUCAUUCCUCUGUGUUGAAUGUGUUAUAAAUGGACUUGAUAGAAGCUAUAUAGGAGGCUAUUUUUGUUAACAAAAUGAAGGCUUUGCUGAAAAAAGAAAAUCUGGAAUUUGAAAACUGACUUGUAUAAUGCAAUAUACAGUCUGCCCAGGAAUUAAUGUAAUUUUGGUUUAAGUCCCUACCUCCAUUCUAAAACUAACAAGCCAACAUGCAUACUAGCCUAUGGAUUUGUUGAAUUGAAAAUGUGAACAUUAGGUGGAAUUCCUAAUAAAUUACUUAAAAAUAGUUAUUUUAGGGGCUGGGGGUAUAGCUCAGUGGUAGAGCAGCAGGUGCUUGGCAUGUGUAAGGCCCUGAAUUUGAUCUUCAGUACUGCAAGAAACAAAAAGUUCUCUCAAAUAUAAAGUCUUGGGAAAUUUAUUGCUAUGCCAAUAUAAAUUAGUAUUUCUAAGUUGUACUUUAAUGAUAAGAUAACAUCUAAAAAGAGUGAGAGUCAACUACGGUCAAGAGUACUGAUGGGAAAAAUAUAGUAUUUUAACUUAGUUGUUUCAAAUAGAUGUAGAUAAAAUGAUAUUAAACUUUUUUAACCCUAUCCUUUAUGUAAUAGGUAGAUUUCAUUUUAAGCAUGGUUAAAGCUUUCAGUUUAUGUUUUUAUAUCUAUCAUUCAUUUUAAUUCUUAACUUUGUAUAAAAGGCCCUUAUUUCAUCACAUUUUUUAAAGUAAAAAUUGUGAUCAUAAUAUUUUUCCUUCCCUUAUUUUGUUCAAUUUUAGUUAGGUCACAAGUGUAAAAGGGGAGGGGCAAUGGAAAUUUUGACUUGUUAUGGUUGGAAACUGUUUGAUCUCUGUUGUUAUUAUGUACAUAGGAUGAAUUUAGGUUACUGGGUGAUGGGUAAAUUCAGACUGUGCUAUUUUUAAAUGCCCUCUCUCCUUAUAAUAGUUUAAAGUGGUUUUUCUUUAAGGAAUUUAUAAGUAAAGCAGUCAUAUUUCAUAGUAUAGAGCACAGGUUUUUCUGUAUGUUCUAAGAAAAUGUCUACUUUUAACCCACAACUACUGAACUAAACAGCUGUCGCAUGUAACAACAUUCAUGACCCCUGAACUUGAAGGGAUUUGUAUUUAUCCAUUUUGCUGAGCCUAAUAAAUCUGUAGUUUCCUAAAGUUAAAAAGGAAACUAGAGCUGAGCACAGUGGCACAUGACUGUAAUCCUAACAACUCUGGAGGCUGAAGCAGAAGGAUCACAAGUUCUAGGUCAGCCUCAGCACUUUAGCAAGACCUUGUCUCAAAAUAAAAAAUAAAUAAAUAAAAAGGGCUGGGGAUGUAGCUCGGUAGGAAAGCAACCCUGUGUCCAGUCCCCAGUAUUGCAAAAGAAAAACAGAACCAAGUUCCCAAACUUGUUUUAAUCCAUUUACUUCCUUAUAAAAUAAAACCUAAAGUUUAUAAUUCCCACUUAAAAGUUUUAUUCUCUAAGGACGUUAUUUUUUUAAAAAUAUUUUUUACUUAUAGAUGGACACGAUAUCUUUAUUUAUGUUUUAUGUGGUGCUGAGGAUCGAACCCAGUGCCUCACACGUGCUAGGCAAGUACUCUACCACUCAGCUACAACCCCAGCCCCAGGACAUUAUUUUUAGUUGGCAUGGUAGUUUUAACAGUAGCAAUUUUGUGAUAUCCAAAUAUUGUGAAUUUUUAUUUGAUUCUUUUGUGUCCUCCAGAGAGUAGAUGCUCAACGACUGUUUGUUGAGUAAAUGAAAGAAAAGGUAUUUAUUUCAGAACCUUACCAUUCCUUUCAUCGGGGUUUGUAUAGGAAAGAUCUGCCAAAGAAUUGUUUUGGUAGCAUAUUCUUUGGGGAAGUAAAGGGAAGAAUAAAAGGGCUAAAAGUAUUUCAUUUUCAGCUUAUUACAGUUAAUGCUUCAAACUAUGCUUAGUCACUUGAGCCAUCAAGUCAAUAGUAAGGCUAUUGUAUUUUAAAUGUAUAUAUAUAUAUAUAUAUAUAUAUAUAUAUAGUUCUCCAAGAAAACUUAUCUAGUUUCCCACCUCAUGUCUAUUGCUCUGAUAAGAUUAUCCCUCCUUUUUAAUUUAUUGUACAAAUAUAAUAGUAAAAAAAUAAGGAAGAAAAAUUACAGUUCCUUCCCAUCAAUUAUCAUUUGUAUUUUGUGUUUCUUUCCAGUGUUUGUCUUUGUAAAUAUGUAUUCUAAAGUACUUGUAAGUAGUCACUCAGAGUAUAAUGUAAUUUUGUCUUUGGUGUUUUAAAAUUUGGCAACCAGACAAGGGAGUCUCACAGGAAAAUUAGAAACAAGUGAUAAUCUGGUGUGAGGAUAGGAAGACAAAAAAUAAGUGAGGGUAGUAACUGAACCCAUCCCUGUGUCAUUAUCCUCCCACCCCCAUCCUCAAGCCACCCAGCUGCUAAUGUAAGUAAAGUGGUAAGUUGAGGAAGGCAUCAUGCCAGGUUGCAGAGUUUCAAAAUGUAUUAUUUAGCAGUGAGAUUUAACUCACUAUAAAUGAAUGGGCCUAUGAGGAAGGGAACCCUUCAAACUGGUUAUACUAUAAACUGUAAAACUGUUGCCUUGUUUUUUUGUUUUUGUUUUUGUUUUUUUUUUUUUGAUUCCCACUUGUGUCCAUAAAAGGUGUGUCUGGGCUGGAGACUUAAGUGCAGAGGGGAAACAAGAAGCCAAGUACUAAUCUUAGUUUGGUCUGAGAGGUGAAUUUUAGCACCUCUCUAAAUUCAGCUCUGUGCUUGCAAGGAUCUAAAGGAUGCAUAGAGGGAUAAUAAAAUCUUUUAGAAACAUACUAGUUAAUCUGCUAAUGUGAUGGAAGUUGAAUGGAAAAAUGAAUGCAAAAAAUUACAGCUGGAUUGUAUGCCGCAAGUUUAUUAUUCAAUAAAUAUUCUGUGGUUCGA